UGCUACGGCCCUGAAUAUUGUAUGUAAACCGGGAAGCAAUGGCUGUUUCUGGCCAGCAACGGAGUUGUUGCUUGAGGCGUAAUAAGAAAACAAACUAAGCUUAUUCUUACGGCGUUUAUAGAGACCCUGACACGAAAUUCUCUGCAAAGCCAUGUCAUCAAGAAGCACCAGUAAUGAGAAAGAACUCUCAAAAUUCCCUGUUGAAGACGUAGAUCUGUACGUUCCCCCUUUAGAUGAGCUUGCCAAAGUUCUCCAAGAUGGCUUGACCAAGAAUUUCUCACAUGCAACAGUCACUGUUGUUGAGUGCCCAGAUUUUCGGCAGCCACCCUGGAAUUUCCCAGCUACAGGAUUUGGUGGGAAACCCAGGAUUGUUGAUGUUGGAGGCCCAGCAUAUUUGCUCCCAUUGCCUCAAUUAAACAAGAUAUAUGACAUGAAUGAUGUUGCCGCCAAGGCAGACCUGCCUGGAGGUUAUGUAAUCGGAGCAGGAGCUGGGAGUCAUACAUCUGUUGGCGUGAACUGUGAGAUGAUUGCAAACGUCUGUACUGGCACAGAGACUUCUAACCCUGUCAUACAAUCCAAGAUUACUAAAGUUAACCCUGAGGAUGGUUCUUGUGUUUUUCAAGACUAUGAUGUGUGUGAUUUUAGCUUGUUGGCAAAUUGUCUAAUUACCGAAGGCAAACCAGGGAAGGUCUUGAAGGUGGAGGCCUCAAAGAGGACUGGUGACGAGAACUUUGUCACAUGCAUGCGGCUUGCGCUUGGUAGUUACUAUGGUAACAGGGCUGUAGGGAUCGGUGGGACCUUUAUGAUUGCCAAGGGGAAAGCCAAUUUUCAUAUUAUGCCAGAAUUCUCCAAGACUCCUCUCAACAGUCCGGAAGAGGUGAAUAAUUGGCUGAAGUUCUAUGACAUGAGUGCCCCACUGGUGUGUCUUGGGGUAUUGGAGAGCUAUGACCCGGGCCUGGACCUGCGCGUUGAACAUUUCCAUGGUUACAAUAACCAUGGUGAAGGAGGUCACUAUCACUACGACACCACCCCGAAUGAGGUGGAAUAUGUCGGUUAUUUCACGCCUGCUGAGAGGCUAUACCGGAUGGACAGACCACCAAAACUAUAGCUAGCGGAAUAACACUAUGUGUGGGUGGUCAUAAAAAAAAUAAUAUUUGAAAAUUGCUGUACCUAGAUGUGUAAGUAAUAAAAUAAAGCCAAAUGUUCUUACUA